AUGGAAAACCUGGAUUUAAUUGCUGCCGAUCUGUUGAAAGCUGCUGACAAAUAUCAGCUGCAGUCGCUCAAAAAAAUGUGCGAAGAGUCGCUUUGCAAAAAUUUAAAGCCAGACAAUCUUAUCUCGAUGAUGAAUUUUGCUGAACGUCACAAUGCUGAGAUAAAAAUGUUUAAUUUGUUCAAUAAUUAA